AUGAAGUGUUUGCUCCCCUUCCUUUGGAUUUUAUUAACAAUUUUUGUUUCUUGUACUAAUAGCACUUUAAAUGAGAAAAGUGAACUUGUUUUGGUCCAAGCUUUGUGGAGACACGGUGAUCGUUCACCCACAAAAACCUUCAAAACGGAUAAAUAUCAAGAGAAGGAUUGGCCUCAAGGAUGGGGACAAUUAACGCCUACAGGGAUGGCUCAACAUGUAGAGUUGGGAAGAAGACUUAGACAGCGUUAUAUAGAGGAAUUGAAAUUUGUUGGUCCUCGGUAUAAUAGUCACGAAAUUUAUGUUAGAAGUACUGACUGGAAUAGAACAUUAACUAGUGCUAUAUCGAAUUUUAUUGGCUUCUACGGCCCUGGAAAUGAUGAUGAAUACCCAAAGGAUUUGGGCGCAAACAAAUGGCCAGGAUGGUAUUUUCCAAUAGCUAUACAUUCACUCCCUGGAAACGAAGAUUUUAUGGCUCCUGGAGAAUCGGAAUGUAAACGAUUUGAACAAAUAAAAGAGCGGAUAACUUUAACAGAAGAAUACAACUCGACUUUGAUUAAAUAUAAAUGGCUACUCGAUUUUUUAAGUGAAAAGACUGGACAGAAUCUUGACCCUUUCGAUAUGUGGAUGAUUAACGAUGCUUUUUAUAUUGAGAAAUUAAAAGGGAAAAAAUUGGUAGACUGGGCAGAGGGGAACCAGACACUUUUGGAUACGAUUGUGGAACUUGACAAUUUACAAGAAAGAUGGAUGGUUGGGUUAGAUUUAAAACCUCUGGGUGAUGCCAACUUUCGCGAAGAACUUCCAAAAAUUUUGGGCGGGCCAAUCUUAUGGAAAUUUAUAACAAAUAUGCAGGAGAAGUUGGCUUGUUCAAAGCGGAUGAAUUCUGUAAAGGAAAUUGACAGAGAAAUGGAAGGAAGAAAAUCGCCAAUAGGGACGCCCUUGUGUAAAUGGAUGAACAAAAUGCGCUAUUUUGCGUACUCUGCGCACGAUAGCACAAUUAUUGCUAUUUUUGCAGCUUUGGGUCUAAACAAAACGAAUUAUGACGAGGAUGGUUACCCGAAGUACUCUACUUGUUUAACUUUUGAAUUGUGGAGGGAGAAGAAUACUGGUCAAUUUGAUGUUAAGGUGCUUUUAUGGAGACCUUACACUAACGAGACUUCCCCUAAAGAAAUAACGACAGAUAUAGAAGGCUGUCAAAGCAAUUCAACCUUAGAAAAAUUUGUUGAAAGAUCAAAGCCUUAUCAAAUGCUGCCUUCACCCAAAGACUAUUGUUCACAACUUCUACAACCCCUAAAUAAUGCUGCACGUUUGUUAAUUCAGUGGAAAUUGAAAAUGUAAGAUUUUUUAAAAUAUUUAUUAAGAUUUUUAGGCUCAUUCUAAUGGGAAUUCCUUCAAUUGUUGCUAAUGUUGUAUAGAGAAGUUUUUUGUUUUUGGAAAUUAUUUUUAAAAGGUUUU